UGUUUACGCUACCUCUCGAUGGGGCCUUUGCGUUACAUAGCUGUCUUGGCAAGAAAAGUCACAAUAUGUGCGCACAUGGUUUGUAGUUAGUGCACCACUGUUGUUUGUAUAUGAUUGUGUAAUUAUAUAAGACAAUUUAAGUCAAGCCAUCUGACGACCUGGUUGCAACCUUUUAAGAAUCUUAAUACCCAGAACCAGGAGUAGACAGCGUGUAGAUAGCAUUCUAGCGAGAUAAACUAGCAUUAACCUUACAGGAGUGAAUUCACUGAGUAGGUUAAUAAACAAGACGGCAGUGCCCUCCGGCUGCAUACACUUGUAUAUAUUUUAUAAACCUGGGCGCAACGCCCAGACUUCUUUCCAGUAAAAAGUAGGAAUAUUUGAAUACCUUCUUUUGAUUGGCUAGCUGUUACUUAUGAGUCCAGAUGAGCGGUCAGAAAAGGGUCCAACGGAAACAUGCCCGUUUUGUGGCCGUUCUUUCAAGAGGCUGAAAUCACACAUUACUCACUGCAAAAUGGCACCCGUUACCAAGGCUACAAAAACCCCUGAAUGGCUGAGCGCCGUUCCUUCAGCUCCGGGGCAGAACUCGGCCAAGAAGCCCGGGAAGCUGCCCGCCAAACGGGAGGGGCAGGCAGGCGGUACCCCGGACAGGACGGCGGCCGACGCCCGGCCUGGAGCGGCCGGCCUGGGGGAGAGGGUGAAGGCACGCCCAAAUAAGAAGAGCCCCAAGGCGCAGGACGUCCCUCCUGGCAGCGGCGUGAAGGUCAAGGUCAAAGGUCAGGAGCAGAACCGCAGGGGAGCGGAAGGGGCGGAGCCUCAGAGAGGGCGGGCCCCCCCGGUCGAGCACCCGCAUGUCCGAGGCGCCACGUUCGCCCCGUCCGAACUGGCAGGAAAGAGACCCGGUCCCAUUACCACGGCAGCGGGGGGCCCUGGCUCCUACGCAGAAACCCCUAAAGCCCCACUUCCUGCCCCCAGCAAAGCCGCUACGCCAGGGCGGGAGUCGUCCCCUGCGAAGCCGCCGAUCAAACCGAAAGCUCCCGAAUCACAGGGGAGCCGCGGCUCGGCGCAGUUCCCUGCGCUGCCUGGAGGAGGCGCCACGGCCCAGAGCUCAUCCAGGGAUCCGUUUGUGGCCCGAAUACAGGUGGCGGAGGGCGCCCUCCGCAGGCCGCCCCGUGCCAGGACCAGGUUCUGGGAGGACGUCCCGAGUGCUGAUCAGCUGACUCUGAGAACGGGGAGCAGCAGCGGCCGGGGCUGGACCAAGACAAGCGUGUGGGAGCACAUUAAAGAGGGGUUCUCCUGCAGGAGCCCCGCCCCUGCUCCUAAAACCCCUGCCCCCAGUCACACCCCCAUCCACACCACCCCCGGUGCCCCUGGCCCCAGCCACACCUCCAGCCACACCAGCCCCGCCCCCGCCCUUGGUGCCUCUGCCCCCGCCCCCAGCCACACCCCCACGUUAGCCUCCGCUCAGGACAGAGAAAUCGCCAGGCUGCCCACGUUAGCCUCCGCUCAGGACAGAGAAAUCGCCAGGCUGCCCACGUUAACCCCCACUCAGGAAAGAGGAACCGCCAGGCUGCCCGCGUUAACCGCCACUCAGGAAAGAGAAACCGCCAGGCUGCCCACGUUAACCGCCACUCAGGACAGAGGAACCGCCAGGCUGGGUGUUGGUGGUGGGUCUCUGGCAGGGAGCCACGCCCCCCCCAGGGGCGUAGAGCGGAGGGCGGGCAGAGGAAUCCGCUGCCCCCUCGGACUGGAGGGGACGCCAGAACUAGCAGCAGCCUAUGAGGGGAUAGGCCUCUCCAUGCUUCCAGUGCGCUCCCUCGCACACACUGAGCACGUGCAGCAGAAGGCCCUGCCCACCCAGCUCCCAGCACUAGGAAGUCAAGGGUCUCUUACUGACCGCGUGCUGAUGGAGGUGCGGUUGGCAGAGCUCCCUGCAUGGUUUACCUCUCGAUCCCUCCUGACCCCCAGAGAGGCAGUGGCUGCUGUGCACAGAGGGUGGAGGAGGUACUACGGGAAGUACAUUGACGUUCGGAGGGGCGGGGUCGGAGGCGUGGCCAUGCUGCUGGCCGGCUACUGUGUGCUGAGCUACCUCUGGAGUUACCCCCACCUGAAGCGGGACCGCUGGAGGAAGUACCACUAGCCUCAGAAGCGGAAGUGGAUCCCUAAUCAACCUCCAGAAUGUGUGGAUAUGGAUUCUGCCAGCUUUAUGAAUGUGUGUGAAUGUGUAGAUAUGGAUUCUACCAGCUUUAUGAAUGUGUGGAUAUGGAUUCUGCCAGCUUUAUGAAUGUGUGGAUAUGGAUUCUACCAGCUUUAUGAAUGUGUGGAUAUGGAUUCUACCAGCUUUAUGAAUGUGAGGUGUUCCAUUGUAACAGCUUUAUGAAUGUGUGUGAAUGUGUGGAUAUAGAUUCUAACAGCUCUGUGAAUGUGUAAAUGUGUGGAUAUAGAUUGUAGCAGCUGGGCUCAGCUCUAAUUCUCUGUCUUAGAGAAACAGGGCUGAACUCUGUUUGGAUAUCUUAGGUACAGGACCAGGGCUGGGCUCUGAUUGGCUGUCCUAUGAAUGGUCUCUAUGGAGCACCACACUCUCUUUUCAACUGUAAUAAACAACCACACAGGAUGCCUUUUUAUUCAGCCAUCGCUGCACUACAAACAGUAAUCCAUAGUACAACACAAUUUCUGACUGGCUCGGCAACGGCAACAGGGCUGAGCUCUGAUUCGCUGCCCUGGCUACAGGUAGAAAGCUGAGCUCUGAUGUGUUGUCCAGACUACAGGAAGAAAGCUGAGCUCUGAUUCGCUGUCCUGGCUAGAGGAAGAAAGUUGAGCUGUGAUUCGCUGUCCUGGCUGGAACAACACUGCUUUAAUCAUAGGCCUUGUGAUUACCAUACAGUUCCUAAAUACAGUAGCUAUUGCCAUGCAUAACCAAACAGCCCAGCAGGAGUCACCAGGGAGCACUUGUAGCUCCAAACUUUUUUAGCUCUGUACCUAAGUUGAUAUAUAGUGUGCAUGUAAUCAUGUUUUUGAUAACUGAUACUAUGAAGGCAAUAAAUGAGAUUAUGCCCUA